UCAUACUGUAGGUUAUGUGGCAUUGGCUCCAAACCUGAGGAGAGGAUUUGCUUGCGGUUGCUGCAUUAAUGACACACAAAACUAUGACAAGAGUUGUUUCAUUGAUUGAAAAAUCAUUUUGAGGACUACAUUUUUCUCACGGAGGGUGGAUAUGGAUGCAUCACAGCGGGUGUGCACGCACGAGAAGCUGCAGUGAUCAACAACAAAUCGAAUGUAUAAAUUGGAUAGGCUAGCUGUUGAUUCACAGCUGAAGGCGCACGAGCCCAUUGGGCAUAGACGUCGAUUCAACGUCUAUUCCAUUUUGGUUCAACGCAAUUGCAUUGAAUUGGCAUUGAAUUGACGUGGAAACAUCGUUGAUUAAACCAGUGUGUGUCAGUGGGAGGUUUGUCUGCUCGGAAUAUCCAGUAUAUUUUUAUCCAGCUGUGACAAUAAAACUAUAAUGACUUUGUUACGCACUUUAAGGAUAUAAUGGAUUAUUUGGUUUGCAUAAAAACAAUACUGCUUAGAUUUCAUUGGAUAAUAUCCAUUAUUUGGUGAGUGGUGAAAAUAUAAUUUUCUUCUGGGACGUUUUGCCAUCACUAAACCGCCAAACUGGCGAUGGCCGCUGCGAUCGCCAGCUCCCUCAUUCGGCAAAAGAGGGAGCGGGAGCGGGAGAAGGCGAAUGCCUGCCGCUGCGCAAGCAGUCCGAAUAUUUGCAAAGCAGGGGACAGGGGACCCUGUGAGAAACCGAGCAAGCUGAACGUGUUCUCACGCGUCAAACUCUUUGGCUCUAAGAAACGGAAGAGAAUAGGUCGACCAGAGCCCCAGCUCAAGGGGAUAGUGACGAGGCUGUACAGCCGCACAGGCUUCUGCCUUCAGAUGCAAGCUGAUGGAACCAUCGAUGGAACCAAGGACGAGGACAACAGCUAUGCUGUGUUCAACCUCAUUCCUGUUGGGCUGCGAGUGGUGGCCAUCCAGGGGGUUCAGACCAAGCUUUACCUAGCCAUGAACAACGACGGCUUCCUCUACACUUCGGAACACUUCACCCCGGAGUGUAAGUUCAAGGAGUCAGUGUUUGAGAACUACUACGUGACCUACUCCUCCAUGCUCUACAGACAGCAGCAGUCUGGCAGGGCCUGGUACCUUGGCCUCAAUAAAGAGGGAGUCGUCAUGAAAGGGAAUCAUGUGAAGAAGAAUAAACCAUCAGGCCACUUCAUCCCCAAGCCACUGAAAGUUGCCAUGUACAGGGAACCCUCUCUCCAUGAUCUGACCGAGUUCUCCCACUCCGGCAGCGGCACUCCCACUAAGAGCCGUAGUGCAUCAGCCCUGCUGAAUGGAGGAGGGAAGACACUGAGCCAGAACGAGCAGUCCACAUAGCUGUGGUGGUCAGUGUCAGGCAGAGGGCGGUUCUCACUGUAAGCAGACUCAACUGAUCCUCAUCAAACUGAACAGGUGGAGAGGAAGCAAAGUAGCUUAGCUUAGUGUGUACUGAAACCACGGUGACAGACUAUGACAUCAUCAAUUAAAUAAAUCCAUGAGCGAGCUUCUGCGGGUCAACUUUGCUAUGAACUUCCAUACGAAAAGCCAUUUUGCUGGUCUGGAAUUUAUAUUCUUCCUUGUAUUCUUGAGCAUAUGUAGUGUAUUACCAAUGUAUAUCUCUCUGAAGGUCUUGAGAGGGAGAGUUACUGGUCAGUAUUUAUGUGGUCCAUCAACUGUUGCUUUCAUGCCUCCUAAAAAAAAAAGCUUUUUUGUGCGUUUGAGUCCAAGGUGUACAUAUCUGCAAGCCUUCUGCCUCGUCUACCAUAUAAAUUGCUUGCCAGCUAUACUGAUUGCGAUCAUUUGUUCCUGUGUACCAAAGAGUCAAGGGUGUUUCUCUAGUUUUACUCAAGGCAAAGAAAGAAAGGAAGAAAGAAAUCAAAUCACAAGCAUAGGCCAUGUCCUAAAUCUGUCUUAUCUACUACUUUAAUGACACACUGUGUAGUGUGUCCCAAUCGUACUACAAACUGUGUUGUGUGUACCAAUCGUACUACAAACUGUGUUGUGUGUACCAAUCGUACUACAAACUGUGUUGUGUGUACCAAUCGUACUACAAACUGUGUUGUGUGUACCAAUCGUACUACAAACUGUGUUGUGUGUACCAAUCGUACUACAAACUGUGUUUGUACCAAUCGUACUACAAACUGUGUAGUGUGUACUAAUCGUACUACAAACUGUGUAGUGUGUACUAAUUGUACUACAUACUAAUUAGAACGUACUGUUUAGUAAACAUUUAUGCAGUAAGCAACAAAUAUCGACAUACUAGGCUCACCCAUACUGAGAAUGCAUCAUCUAAUGCACAAUUGCGUUGUUUUCCGACAUUCAUUCGUUUUGGUACAACCCAUCCCCCCCUUUCUGAUUAUCAGCUGAUAUGUUGUCAAACACACGUGGGCCUAAAAAGACAAAAUCUCUUCCUCAAUAGCAUGACAUCCUGGCAUUUAAAGCAUUUUCAAAAUGUGUGAAAGGCUCUAUUUUGGCAUACCCAUCAGUCUACGAGUUACAACACAUGGAGGCGAGGGGUAAUCAGACACGGACAAUGUGUGGUCUACAGCAACUUGUUUUAAUAAUACAAUAGAGAAGCAGAGUAGUUGUUUAAACUUAUGUCAACCCUUUUACAGUAUUGUGUCAUUAGUAGUCUCCUUUGACAAACUAUAAACAACAUUUCAUAUGGUAUUUAGAUGUAUUCAGUCAUUUGUUUGCGUGUGUGUGAAAGGAUAUUAACAUAAUCCUAGAUUUUUUUUAUUUUACCAUCAAAUGGGGAUUAUUAGUGAAAUUGAGGGCUCUUACAGAUUAAAUGAUUGUUUGUAUUCUCCUGCAUUGUUUUUUCCCCCUGGAGCCAAAUAGAUGCUUAUGUCUAUAAUUUUGAUUGAUUGAUUGAUUGAUUGACACUAUUAUUGCAUGGAAGACUGUGGACCUCUGGGAAAUAGCAGCAUGAUGUACUGUAGGUCUACUAUGCCUAUUAUCUACCUGUUUUGGACACUGUGCUCCAGUCUAUACCAGACUACAAGUGAAUGAUCCACAGAGCACAGAUACACUUUUAAUCUGGUACCUUCAGUAGGUUAUUUGUUGUUCUAACGAAAAUGCACUGAAUAAAAUGUUUAUAAGGAAAUA